AUGCCCAGCACAAGAGCCUCCUCCGCCGCCGGCUCAAGGAAGGUUGCGCCUGCAGACCCCUUCCCAGGCAGAUGCAGUGGCGUCCUUCUUCACGUCACCUCGCUCCCUUCAAACCACGGGAUCGGUGAUGUCGGACCCACUGCAAUUCGCUUUGUCGACUGGCUGAGCGCGGCUGGACAGUCCAUAUGGCAGUUCUUGCCUCUGAACCCUCAUGGGUAUGCUGGAAGUCCCUAUGGGACACCGAGUGCAAUGGCUGCCAACCCCGCGAUUGUUUCCUUGGAGCCUUUGAUAGAAGAAGGUCUUUUGACUGCCGUGGAUGUCAAGGAACUGGAAACCCUUCCGAGAGGCAAAGUAGACUAUGACCGCGUCACACCGCUCAAGCGCCAAGCCCUCCGUCUCGCCCGGGACCGGUUCCGAUCCACCACGAGCCCGUUUCCCAAACACCACGAAUGGCUAGGGAAGCUGGAACAGUUCAUCGCCAACGAAGGCGCGGCCUGGCUCAACGACUAUGCCCUCUUUGCAGCCCUCCACGAGAAACACAACGCGUGCUGGAUCGAUUGGCCUGCCGAACUUCGCGAUCGUAAGCCUGCCGCCCUAGCAAAGGCGCAGGAAGAGCUUUACGACGAGAUCGAUGAGCAUAUCUUCACUCAGUUCCUCUUCGACAUGCAGUGGGCGCAAGUGCGCCGUCAUGCGAAAGAGAAGGGCGUCCGCUUGGUCGGCGACAUCCCGAUAUUUGUCGCGUAUGACUCUGCCGACGUCUGGUCCCAUCGCAAACUCUUCAAGCUUGAUGCGCAGGGCAAGCAGACCGUUCAAGCUGGGGUGCCGCCGGACUAUUUCAGCGAGACGGGGCAGUUGUGGGGAAAUCCCGUAUAUGACUGGGCUGCGAUUGCGACCGAGGGCUACAAAUGGUGGACGCUGCGAUUCUCUCGCACACUGGCUUUAGCGGACAUCAUCCGUAUCGACCACUUUCGUGGAUUUGAAGCUGCCUGGGAGGUUCCCGCGUCCCAUAAAACAGCUAUGAACGGAACAUGGGUCAAAGGCCCCGGCGCUAAGGUGUUCCGUGCGGUUGACAAAGCACUCGGAUACCGCACACCCGUUAUUGCAGAAGACUUGGGUCUCAUUACGCAAUCCGUCCACGACUUGCGCGAUGAGUUGGGAUACCCCGGCAUGAAGGUGCUGCAGUUUGCGUGGGGUGGGGAUAGCUAUGACGCGACCAACGACCAUUUACCGCACAACCUCAAGACGUCCCGGUGCGUCUACUACACGGGCACGCACGAUAACGAUACCGUCCGUGGAUGGGCCGAUUCAGCUACCGAUGCACAGCGCGCGGCUGUCCUGAGAUACCUCGGCAGAGAUGCUUCGAAAAGCGCCGUCGCUGAUGGAAAACGAAAACGUGAAGAGGACGGCGACGCAGCUUCCGCUAUUCCCGCCGCCAAAAAACCCGACAACACGACCGCCAACGGCCCAUCGUCUCUUACCGAAAAGGCCGUUACGAAUGCCAUCCCCACUGUCUCAUGGGAUUUCAUCCACCUCGCACUCGCCUCCGUCGCCGACAUCGCGAUCGUUCAACUGCAAGAUGUACUGGAUCUUGGCACCGAGGCGCGCAUGAAUACGCCUGCGACGGCGGAUGGGAAUUGGUCGUGGCGUGUGGACGAGGCUGCUGUAACGAAAGAAAUUGGGGAGAAGCUGAGGGGUGUUACGGAGGUGUUUGGACGGGUUAGGGAGGUCUGA